AUGACCUUGGACACUUCCGCCAACUACGCUGCAGAUUUCCGGACCAACUAUGGCAAUUUCCGAGUGGAGCUGCUCGUCUCCCAGGCACCCGUGACUGUCAACAACUUCGUGUUCCUGGCCCAGCAGGGCUAUUACGAUGGGCUGACCUUUCACCGUGUAAUAGAAAACUUCAUGAUCCAGGGCGGAGACCCCACAGGUACGGGAGGGGGUGGUCCCGGCUACCGGUUCGAGGACGAAAUCGUUCCUGGGCUGGUCUUUGACGCUCCCGGCCUGUUGGCUAUGGCCAACGCCGGGCCAGACACCAACGGCAGCCAGUUCUUCAUAACGACAGUCCCGACGCCCCACCUCAAUGGCAAUCACACCAUCUUCGGGACAGUGACCGAGGGACAGUCGGUGGUGGAUGCCAUUUCCCGUGUGGCGACCGGAGCCAGGAACGUGCCGCUCCAACAGGUCAUAAUCGAACGCAUCGACAUCAUUCAGACGGCCCGCGAGUAA